CAUCAACAAUGGAUAAACAUUCAAGAUUUAUUUUGAUAUACUUUGUGUUUCUUAUUGCCAAUGUUGACACUAUAAAUUGUAUACCACUGAAGUUAACAGAUCCAAAUGUGUGUCCUAGAAGGGUAACCACAAGGAGUCAUUCUGUGAACCAAACACAACUGAUAAUAGAGUGUUGUCCGGAUUAUGUUUACAAGAACGGAAAAUGUCAAGCCUGCCCGACGGGAAUAUUUGGUAAAGAUUGUUUACUGCCCUGUAUGCCUAAUUACUAUGGAUUUCAGUGUAAAAAUCUAUGUAACUGUACAGAUAAAAAGAAGUGUGACCCAGUUCAUGGCUGUAUCUGUGAUAAAGGUUUUACCGGUUCAGAAUGCUCAAAUGCGUGUCCAUCUGGAUUAUACGGUGUAAACUGCGGUGAGGAAUGUUUAUGUGGACAUAAUGCUAAAUGUAAUCCAGUAACUGGUGAUUGUUUAUGUUCUGCAGGAUGGUCUGGGGUUCACUGCACACAUGCGUGUCCAUCCGGAAAAUACGGUGUAAACUGCAAAGAGGAAUGUUUCUGUGCACACGAUGCUGAAUGUAAUCCUGUAACUGGAGACUGUUUAUGUCCUUCAGGAAGAUUUGGGCCUUUCUGCACAAUUGACUGUCCAAACGGAAAAUUUGGUAGGCAUUGUAGUGGGAUUUGUGCUUGUUCAGAUAUUGACCAGUGUGAUGUUGUAACGGGAGAGUGCAUUCAGUGCAACCAUGAAUCUGAUAAAAGAGAAUGCAAUUCACAUAAAGAUGAGGUAAACAAUCUGAAUUCAGGUCAAAACAGUUAUAAAUCGAAUGAUAACGUCAUAGUUUACAUAACAAUGGUUGCUGCUCUUAUUGGUAUAGUCUGUGUUGUAACAAUGGUCGUGAAAGCUAAAGAAAGACUUUGUCAUAAUCUACAACAAUCAUUGAAGGACACUUCAAAACCAAAGAUCAAACGCCGCAAGGCAAAACGAAGCCUACCUUCAACCAUGACACAGAACAGUCAGACUGGAUCGUAUAUUAUAAACACUGAAGGUGUCAUGUUUCAACCUGAAAUCGAAGAAGAUUUAUACUGCGAAAUUGGGGAUAUACAUGAAUUUGAAUCAGACCGAUAUUAAUGUCCCAAAACGAGAACAAACUUCAGUCUUCAUUUCUGCAAAGCAACAGAAAACAGUUGCAACCAGAUAUAUACUAAACUUAAAAUCGUACAUAGUUAACCUCUUUAACACGUUAUACUUUUUCUUUAUUUUUGGUUGUUUUGACUUUGUCGGAUUCGAAGUGCAAAUAAGAAAGAAAUAACAUUUUACGCUAAAAAAAACAUAAUAUAUUAAUGUUGCCCCUUAUUUAUGAAAUCAUUUUCAUUUUGUAUGAUGGAUUGGAAUAGUAUUUUCAUCUCGUUUAAAGCAAAACUGGAUAAUAUAUGUUUUUAAACAUGAAAGUGUGUAAUUAGAAAGUUAUAUGCGUGUCAGAUUUGACAAAAAACAAAAUAAACUGAUACAAAUUGUGAUAAAAUCGUAUUUCUAAUAAAUAUUAUAAAUAAAGAAUCGGAGCAAGCUAAGCGAUUCUCUAAAAAUUUAUCAAACUAACUUAUAAAACGAACUGAGGAUGGAUCAUGUUUAAGGUGGGAUGAGAUUGUAUUGACUUGAAUGUUAAUGAUAAUCUUAUAAAACGAUACGCGUUUAGCAUACCAAAACAUAAAUCUGGUGUCUUUGACAAAGUUUCUCUACAGAGCAUACUUCUUAAUUAUGUUUGUUUUUUCGAACAAGUAUGAAUAUCGUUUUAAUAUCUUUCUCCUCUCUUUAACAAUACCAGACCGUCAACAAGGUUCACUCUUUUGAUGUAUUGAAUAAUUAUUAACACUUCCUUUUUCUUAUCCUAAACCCUGAACAGAAGUCUGAAGAUAUGAAACCAUAUACAAUAAAGACUUCCGAAAAAUGCCAAGAUUUGAGAUUAUGUUAAAUGCAUAUGAAAAAAAUAGGCAAUUUUAAUUUUUGAGAUGAACAAAUCGACAGUAUCAUAACAUCUGUUUACUUAUUUCGGAUUUAAAAAAUUCUAUGCACAGCCUCUAACUAUUUCAAAAUUGAAAUGAUAUUAGAACCCUACAAACAGGCCAAAAUUCAUCUUUUAUCUUGUAUCUGAAGAUUCCAAAAUCUAGUAAACACUAAUACAUGUACAUGUUUACAUGGAUUUGCAUACGGUAAAUUAAAUCCGACGCAGCGCAUAUAAUGAUGUUCUGCCAUAAUUUGUGUGCGUUGUAUUUUUUGUUUAAUUUCUGAAAAAUGGUUUGUCAUUUUUUUCUAGUAUUGAUUGAUACAUAAUAUGAUG